AUGAAGUGCUCGGACGACAACGACUGCCCCGGCAACGCGCUCUGCCUCGCCAACCAGUGCAUGUGCCCCGAGCCCAACAUCGGCGACGACUGCAGGCACCCGUGCGAGGACGUGCGCUGCGGCCCGAACGCCGAGUGCAAACUGAUCAACGGGCAGCCCAAGUGCCUGUGCGCGCAGGGCUACUCGGGCAACCCCAUCGGCGUGUUUGGUUGCACGGACGUGAACGAGUGCGUGAACAGCCCGUGCGGCAAGGGCGCGGUUUGCAGGAACGAGCCAGGCAAGUUCACGUGCGAGUGCCCGUCGGGAUUCGAGGGCGACGCUGCCCGCGAGGGCUGCAUCGCCGUCAAGAGCCCCGACUGCAGCGUUUCCAACCCUUGCCCGACGGGGGAGCAGUGUGUCGAGGACAAGGCCCUCGGCGCCAACGUGUGCGUGUGCCAGCGCGGCUACGUGCGCGACCCUCAGACAAGUAGCUGCCGUGACAUCAACGAGUGCCUGGAGACUGUGGGCGGCAAGCUCGCCUGCGGCCUCAAUGCCAACUGCAAGAACCUGCCCGGGUCCUACGACUGCCAGUGCCCGCCCGGCUACGUCGGAAACCCCUUCAGCCUCUGCGAAAAGUGCAACACGCUGGAGUGCACGUGCCUGCCCCCGUACCGCAUCGUGGACGGGAACUGUGUGCUGGCCAACUGCUCCCUGGGCAACCGGUGUCCCGCGGGCGCCGAGUGCGUCACUAUCCAGGGCGGGCUCAGCUACUGCGCCUGCCCCUCCGGGUACACCACCCUCCCUGACGGGUCUUGUCAGGACGUUGACGAGUGCGUGGCGCGCCUCCCCAACGGGCGCCUGCCAUGUGGUCCUGGCGCCGAAUGCUACAACCAGGUGGGCGGCUUCGAGUGCCGCUGCCCGCCCGACUCCUCGGGAGACGCCUACACCACGGGCUGCUCGAAGGCCCAGGAGAAGUGCUCCAGUGACGCCGACUGCCUCGUGAACGAGCGCUGCGUUCAGCCGGGCAAGUGCGUGUGCCCGCCGCCCUACUUCGUCGACAACCAGGACAACAACCGAUGCAAGAGCCCGUGCGAAGCCUUCUCGUGCGGCAUCAACAGCAAGUGCACGCCCUCGGACCCCCCUCAGUGUAUGUGCCAGCCCGGCUUCGUCAACAGAGGCCCCGCCGGCUGUGUGGACAUCGACGAGUGCCGCGAAAACCCCUGCGGCCAGGGUGCCAUCUGCAUCAACGAGAUCGGCACCUUCAAGUGUGAGUGCCCCCCUGGCACCGAGGGCGACCCCUUCAUUGGCACAUGCAACCGAAGGGAGGAGGUCGAGUGCCACUCUGACGAGGAAUGCCCCGGCGACCUCGCCUGCACCGACUCCGGCGAGUGCGUGAACCCGUGCGACGCCCUGCCCUGCGGCUCGAACGCAUACUGCGAGGCCGAGGACCACGCCGCCUGGUGCCGCUGCCACCCCGGCUACGCCGAGGGCCCCAACGGCGACUGCAUCUCCAUGUGCGAGGGCUUCCUGUGCGGCCCCAACUCGAACUGCAUCGUGGCGCGCGACGGCCCAACCUGCAAGUGCGAGCGGGGCUUCAACGGCAACCCGUUCCCCGGCGGCCGCUGCCUGCCCGACCAAUGCUCGGCCGCCAACCCGUGCCAAGACCCGCAGGUGUGCGUCAACGGCCGCUGCAAGGAGCGCUGCGAGGGCGUCGUUUGCGGCGUCGGCGCCAAGUGCGACAAGAACACCAACAAGUGCGUCUGCCUGCCCUUCUUCCUCGGAGAUCCUGACCUGCUCUGCGUGCCUCCGGUCACGCCGCCCCUGUGCACGCCCGGCUGCGGCGCCAACGCCCACUGCGAGUACGGCGAGCCCAACAGGUGCGUGUGCAACACCGGCUACAGCGGGAACCCGUACGCGUCGUGCGCCUCUGAGGAGGACCAGAAGGCCGACUGCGCCACCACGCGGUGCGGCACCAGCGCCGAGUGCCGCCAGGGCGUGAACCGCGUCGACUGCGUGUGCCCCGUCGGCUACCAGGGCAACCCCUACGUGGAGUGCGUUGACGUUGACGAGUGCAUCGGCACCGCGUGCGGCAUGAACGCCGUCUGCCUCAACACCCCCGGGAGCUUCGACUGCCGCUGCCAGGCUGGCUUCUCCGGCAACCCGUUCCAGAUGUGCAUGCCGGAGACCGUCGGCUCGGAGUCGUGUCUCGAGAACCCCGCCGCCUGCCCCGACUCGCCCUGCGCCACCGUCGUGUGCGGCCCCAACGCCGUCUGCACCGACGGCACCUGCACGAUGCCAAAACGAUCUCUUCUGCGCUGA